AGAUGAAGUCACCGUAUAUACGAAAACGAUCAAUGCCCAGACGAGGCUAUUAUGGCUACUAUUGUUGUAUCAUGAAACUAUAUUGCUGCGCUCAUUUCAUUAUUACUGCUGCUACUGCUGCUGCCAGACUUGGCUAAUCAAUAAUGCGACGAUAGCAGGGCCGAGAGUAAGGUAAGUAAUCUUACUCACUUGAUAGCAAGACCAGACCAAUGAUACGGGUCCCCCAGCAACAAUGGGAGCAAAUAAUCCCAGACUGGAGUCCCGAGUACCUAGCCGGCGGAGUCGCAUCCCGACGUCAACCAGUCAGACAAAAAUGACGCUCUCCGAUGGAGCCCAUGGCUCCCCACGAGAGGAAAUCGGAUGAAACUCAAUCAGGGCUAGAUGCAUGGGAUUGGCGCGCCGUAAAUAAGGAGGGUGGAGAGCAGCACACCUUCCACUCCCCUCCCCCGUCGUCACACGCUCACAGGAUGGGAUGGUUGGAAAAUGGUGGACGAUCGACUCCAGGUUGGCAUUAGUGCGAGAUUUCGAGAAACAAUCAUCAUCAUAAUAAUAGCGAUGCUAAUAUGAGAGGGACAGAGAGAGACUGAGCGAGAGAGGAAGAGAAGGAAGGGGGGGGCCACAGCGAGGCGCGUGGGGACAAACUCGGGAAGUGCGUAGGCGGAAGAUAACGAAGGGUGCGAUUCGCAAUGGUAAUUGCAUGGUAAUAAUAAUUAUUAUUAUGGGAUGGCAAUCAAAUCAUCCCAUCCAUUGACCAUUCAUCCAUCCAUCUCACCGAUAACAAAUGAUCGCACAGGAGAAAUAAUCCUGAUGACAUAAUUCUGAAU